AGGAACCCAAUAAAAGUUUGAUGGUUUCUUCUUUUCAUGGAGAACAAUAGUGAACGUUUAGAAAUAGUUCAACGACUUGCAAACGAGCUGUAUGAGCAGGGUCACUCUGAGGAAACUGUGGAACAACUUCACAGUUGUUUAUGUGAUAACCCUGCAUACUUUUUGCACCGUUAUGGCUUCUUUAUCAGUGAAAUGGAACGAGAAUCUUUGUUUGGGAAGCUUGCAGAAAAAGAGUGGUUGGUAAAAACGGAAUUAUGGAGAUUAAGGAAACAAAGAGGGGACUCGUGUUCUUCACAAGAUAACGUUGUUCGAAAUAGAAGGCUGGCAGCUAUGGAAAGUCUCAUAUCAAGGGGUCAAUAUUUUUCGGAUGAACAAAUGGAGCUGAGAGACCCUUUGUUGUAUUACAGAUUAUGGGGUAGAUAUGCAAGUUAUCUCAAUUCUGCAGAGUUGGAACAAAUUCGUAACCAUGAUGCUGUUAUUCACGCUUAUCCCUCAAGAGCUUCAGAAGAAACUUUUGCAAGUAAGAAAAAAUCACAAGUUGUUCAUCAUAUUCCAGAAAAAGAACCUGUUCGGCCUUUGACCCAUUAUUUGUUGGAAUAUUUUGACGCAAAGAAUAUUGUUGAAAAAAGAAUGCAGCAACGACGACAGGAGAAGAAAGACAGUUCAGUGUCUGGUGCAAAGAGAAGGAUGUUGCACUCGAAUACUUUUGGUCAAAUGAAGGAUGAAAUGGAAAGAGAGUAUAUUGAGGAACAACUAAUGGAACAAGCAAGUGAUGAAGAGAAUGAAAGUGAUAUUUCCAAUUGGACGUUGGAUGAUUUUCAACAAAGCAGAGAAGAACUUUUGGUUAUUAUGAGACAACGGUUUCUAAAUGGACAUGAUGCAACAUUCUUUGAUUACUCUUCUAUAGACAACAAUGAAGAUUAUGAUGGGAUGGAAUGGAUACAGAAUGAUAUCGAAGAAAGAUAUUUUGAUGGACAAGAACCGGAAAGAAUAUCCACAAUGGACGAAGACAAUCAUUCUACAGAAGAAUAAAUUUUAAAACUUGAAAAUAUCUUCUCCUUUGUAGCCCAAUUUGUUCAACAAUAUCAUCAUAGCUUUGGUCAUUG